CGGCUGCUCUGCGUGCUCAUCUCGUUUUUAACCAUUUUAAGAGUCUUUAACACGCUGAAUUGAUAUGUGCAGGACGGCUUUUCACUGUCGGUAACCUCAGAAUAUAACAGAGACAGUUUCGCGUCAUUUCGAGCCAGUUCUCUUCAGAAGCGCGCAGAGAUGGAUCUAAUGGGACUCUACCUGCUCCAGCUCAGCUUCGCCGCUUUACAGGUAUUGCUUUCUGCGGGCAGAGACUGUCUCAUAGCGGGAGACACCUGUUCCAGUGAUGAGACCUGCAGCCCGCGUCUCCGGACCCUGCGCCAGUGCGUCGCCGGGAACGGCAGCAUGAAACUCGGCCCUGGAGCCCGCAGUCAGUGCGCAAACGCCGUCUCCGCCCUGCUGUCCAGCCCUCUGCACGGCUGCCAGUGCAGACGAGGCAUGAAGAGAGAGAAAAACUGUCUCAGCAUAUACUGGAGUCUCCACCAGUCUGGCAUGCAUGGGCUUAACCUGGUAGAGAACUAUCCAUAUGAAGCGAUCGAGAAAGGCUAUGACUUUGUCCGUCUGGCCUCCAUCACUGCAGAUUCUGAGCUCGGUAUGACAACAGUGAACCGCUGCCUGGACGCAGCCAAAGCUUGCAACGUCGACGAUGUGUGCCAGAAACUGCGCACCGAGUACGUGUCAACAUGCAUCAAGCCCUCCACCAAGUCGGGUCUGUGUAACCGAUCGAGGUGCAACAAGGCCUUGCGGCGGUUCUUCGACCGCGUGCCUCCGGAGUACACCCACGAGCUGCUGUUCUGCCCUUGCAGCGACAUGGCCUGUUCAGAGAGACGGCGACAGACCAUCGUGCCCAGCUGCUCCUAUGAGGGAGAAGAUAAACCCAGCUGCCUUUCCCAGAUGAGGAUCUGUAAGGCCGACUAUGUUUGCAGGUCCCGUUUGGCCCAGUUUCAGUACGACUGCCAGCCAGAAGAGCAGUCUGCCACCGGCUGCAAACAGGGAAACUAUGCUGCAUGUCUUAUUGCUUACACUGGACUGAUAGGCAGCCCGAUCACACCAAACUAUGUGGACAACUCCACAUCCAACGUGUCUCCCUGGUGCUCGUGUUCGGCCAGCGGGAAUCUGAAAGAUCAGUGCACUGAGUUCCUGGAAUAUUUCACCAACAACGUCUGUCUCAGGAACGCUCUCCUGACGUUCGGGAAUGGAAUGGACUUCACACCCACUCCCACACGACUGCCGCGGUUAAGCCCUGUGACGGACCGAGGGCCAUGGAGGACGACUGUGUUUGUCACGAUGGAGACGGAACAGAACGCUCUGAGCCCAGCCAAACCCACACAGGACUCUGUGAAGGUGAGGCUUUGGUCUGACUCCACCGCAUCCUUCGAAACACAGCAGAACUCGGCUCGUGUGUUUUCCGCGGCAUCGCUACCUGUCUGGAUUUGUGUGUUUCUCAGCUUCUUGCUUCGCUGUGAUCAGUAAACAGACUCAAGACUUUCGAGACAUCUAUUCUGACGGGCCCGUGAUUUUGGACCAACUGGAACCUGUUCAGCUCCAGAGCUGGAGAAACUAAUUUCUAACAUUGACGUCAUCGUGUUAUCUCUGUUUCUGUGGAAGCGCCAGUUAAACCUACAGAAUCUGAAUUUGCAAGGCACUUUUCUAGAAAUGAAUGUGGUUAUUCAAACACAAAGGCCAGCGGGAAACCUACCUGUACACAUGUAAAUAGUGUCACACGGGGUCAAUAUGAAACUGUGCUGUUCAUUGAGAGUUUCAGUGUAAAAUCAUAUUUUUGUGGGGUGGGGAGCCAAUUCAAAAGACUAAAAGUUCCUAAAGGCCAAAUAACCUUCUAGCACUCCAAAAUCAAUUCCUGAUGAAAUGUGGAGAGAAAUGAAGCUUUUUCUUCUUUCUUUUAUAGUUCCUCAUGCGUCAGUUCAACCAUUUGGAGAUCCCCUUGAGGAAAACGGAGAUUUAAUAUCAUUCUGUUCAACUUGACUGAAGAGAAGACAUAGGCUAUUUCUGAUCAAUAAUAGAAUGGUAAUGCUUUGGGUGGAAGUAAACAGUUCUCUUCUCAAAGCUCAUAAUGUGCUAUUGGGACAUAAGCUACUUCAACUAACCGAUCUUGGAGACUCAACAUUGUUGUGGCAUCGCCACAGCUGAUUUCCUGCCCAGUACUGUGUCUUUAUGUAUAAUGCGAUGUAUUUAUGAGGAGUUCCGGUGGUUCUGAUCUUGAAUUUGAGGGCUGGCAUUGUAGGAAUGGGGUAGGAGAGGUGUUUCCCGCUCCAGCCGCUGCUAAGAAAGCCCUUGAUAUUUCUAAAGGAAGGCUGGGAAUCUCAUUAUGGAACAUUCUUUGGUUCAUCAUA